UGGUACUGUAAUACUAAUGGAAGCAGAAAGCAUUUAGUUAGUUCAUAAAAGACAAGCGCUGUUUCUCCUUGGAUAUUUAUUCUGACCUUUAUUUUGGACACUUUCUCUGCCAUGAUCAGAUUCUCUGAUUACAAUGCCAGCUUUCACUAGCAAUCUCUUUGUGAUUUAACUGGCAGGGCUCUGGAGUUUGAGCAACUGGGAUGCAGCAGCUCUGACGUCACUCAGAUCAUCCGGUGAUUCUUCAUGGUCUCCAUUUAUUUUUAACAUCGUGGCAACCAAAAAUGGUAAAUGUUCCAGCCUGCAUCUUAUCCACGCCGACUACCAAGGUGCGAUGACCUCUUCUGCUAUGCAGCUGUUUAAAAGAAUGGUGAAUAACACUGAAGACCCCCAAGAGGCUUUAUAACGUCCCAUCCCCAUGUAAAGUAUGCUCAGAACUUUUCCAGUAGUUCUGCUGGAAACCAUGUCUCACUACACAGACGAACCAAGAUUUACCAUAGAGCAGAUAGACCUGCUUCAGCGCCUGAGACGUACAGGAAUGACCAGACAUGAAAUCCUUCACGCGCUGGAAACCUUGGAUCGUCUUGAUCAAGAGCAUAGUGACAAAUUUGGAAGAAGGUCUAGCUAUGGAGGCGGUUCCUACAGCAACAGCACCAACAAUGUCCCAGCAUCUUCCUCUACAGCCACAGCUUCAACACAGACCCAGCAUUCUGGGAUGUCCCCAUCACCGAGCAACAGUUACGACACCUCCCCACAGCCUUGCACUACUAAUCAGAAUGGGAGGGAGAGUAACGAGAGGUUGUCUGCAUUCAACGGGAAGAUGUCACCUACCCGCUACCCGCUUGCAAACAGCUUGGCUCAAAGGUCGUACAGUUUUGAAGCUUCUGAAGAGGACUUGGAUAUUGAUGACAAAGUGGAAGAACUGAUGAGGAGGGACAGCAGUGUGAUAAAGGAGGAAAUCAAAGCCUUCCUAGCCAAUCGGAGAAUUUCCCAAGCAGUUGUUGCACAGGUAACAGGUAUCAGUCAGAGCCGGAUCUCCCAUUGGCUGUUGCAGCAGGGGUCGGACCUGAGUGAACAAAAGAAAAGGGCAUUUUACAGAUGGUACCAGCUUGAGAAGACAAAUCCUGGGGCUACGUUAAGCAUGCGACCCGCUCCUAUCCCAAUAGAAGAGCCAGAAUGGAGACAGACGCCUCCCCCAGUCACAGCUACCUCGGGGACCUUCAGACUACGGCGAGGCAGUCGGUUCACAUGGAGAAAGGAGUGCCUGGCUGUUAUGGAAAGUUACUUCAAUGAGAAUCAAUAUCCUGACGAGGCAAAGAGAGAAGAAAUUGCAAACGCCUGUAAUGCAGUUAUACAAAAGCCAGGAAAAAAGUUAUCGGAUUUGGAGCGAGUUACCUCCCUUAAAGUGUACAAUUGGUUUGCCAACAGAAGAAAGGAAAUCAAGAGACGAGCCAAUAUCGAAGCAGCAAUCCUGGAGAGCCAUGGAAUAGAUGUACAGAGUCCGGGAGGUCAUUCCAACAGUGACGACGUUGAUGGCAAUGACUAUUCAGAGCAGGACACUUGGCAAGUACGCAAUGGGGAGGAGGAGGGAAGAUGUUCAGAGGGAGGCAGAGAAGCAGAGAAGGUAGAAGAAGACAGGAGGAUCUGCUCCAAACAAGCAAGUUACACCAUUCACGCCACACGCAAUGAUGACAGCACUAGCCAUAGUGACCACCAAGACCCCAUCUCGUUAGCCGUGGAAAUGGCAGCGGUAAACCACACCAUCUUGGCAUUGGCCCGGCAAGGAGCCAACGAGAUCAAGACAGAGGCUCUAGACGACGACUGAUACGAAGAAGGGGGAGGGUCAGAGCGAGAAGUAACUUAGUUUUAGACGUAGCACCUUAGCAGACUUUCCUCGGUCCUUAAUAUGUGUUCUUACAGUAUAACUUUGCAGUUUCUUGUACGUCAGUUAGCUGUUAGGGUCUUGUUCUGUGAAGAUGGCAUGGUGCCCUCAGCCUUUGCAUAUACUCUCUCAGUAUUAAUUCCCAAUAAAUAAUCAAUCAACCAACCAACCUCCCUCUCCCAGCCCCAGUGGCUAGAAAAAUCUUGCUGCUCUGUCUUAGCAUUCAAAGUGCUUCCAGGUAUUUUAGACAGUCCUCAAUUACAAGUCUUAGGCUACACUUAAAAUCUUGGAUACCCUUAGAGAUUGUGUAAAAAUAGUCUGUAUGCUUUUCCUUCUCUGAGACUGAAAGGAUGCAAGCUGAGGUAGUGGCACAGGGUCGAUGGACACCAGAUUGGGAUUAUCAACAGAGAGUAAAAAGAACACUAGAAACCCCACUUCAGCAUGGGAAUAAAUGAUUUCCAGCUGCAAUAAGCUGUGCCUCACUGGUCAUACAGUGACUUGAUAUACUUUUGGGUGCUGUGCUGAGAAUGUCCAUUGGAAACACAUUCACAUAUUUUGGUUGAUGUUCACAUAUUCAACACAGACAUCCUCUGCUCUCACAAGCUGCGUGGCUUAGUGGAUAAGUACUGCCUUCUGCCUCUGGGACCAUGAUUGAAGCCCAGCCUGGGAUCAUAUGAAAAAUGAGCUGAAUGUCUAAUGGACAACAGUCCACUUCUCAAAACCACUAUUCAUUGUUUGGCAUGGCUAGCAGUGCCUGCUCAGAAGAGGUCUAGACUCUAUUGAUCUGUCACUAACAAGUUCACUUUUUAUUCUUCCUCUCACCUUUUCUGUCCCCACCCUACUCCCCUCUCCACUUUGCCACUUUCAAAAGCAAUGUUUUCCAGGAAGGUAUUAAGGUCAUGAAAUGGGUGAGUGAAUUUUUACAGGUCUGUGUAACUAAUGCCUACACCCCAACUAGCCUGAAGGGUUAUUGGAGAACUUUUGCAUCUGACCUUUGCUAGUUAACCAUCAUAGCAUAAAUAUUCUCCUAAAUAUGAACUUUUGUAUUUGCUUAAAGGCAGGAGGAUCUCUUACCUGAGAAAUGGGGUGUGAAUGUUUUGUGUUCUCUUUACUCUGUCCUUGUUAAGAUGUGAGAAAGCUAUACUGCUACGAGCAAUUUAAUUAAUAAUUGGAAGCCAUACUGAUAAUGGAUGUGGUAAUAUUUGUAAAGCAAACCUACUUUAAGUAGCAGAAACUAAUGGAAUUGUUUUCCUUGAUCAUAUGUAGCACUUUUGUUACUUUUUUCUUAAAGAUAUUUAUAUUUGAUAAGUCUUUUUUUAUCAUUUGAGAAUUCAAAAUGCCAAACAGCAAACUUGCAUUACAGAGUCACCCUGCGAUCACCUUGUCAUCUAGUAUCUAAAUGAUGAACUGUGUGUGCAUCUAAGAAAAUUACAUCUGCUGGCAUUGUGUGGAAAUGAUCUCCUGGCAUCCUGAUAAAAUGAUAUGUUGCUGCCGGUAAGAGGAAACAUUUCAAUGGAAACAGCACGGGAAGUGUUAGAGACGGGCAGGACUGUGUUACGUUUAAAAAAGAAAAAAAAACUAUGUAAAUUUUUGUAUAUAGAUAUAUAAAAAUUUGCAUAGUAUUUCCACAACAUUCCAUUUUUUACGUUUACGUGGGAAUAGCUUAAGAGGGGAAAAUAGCUUAAUUUUGAAGGAUGGUCUUCCUUUUUCUCUCGUCCACUUCUGAAGGUGGAGGGGAUGAAGGGAAGUUGCAAUUACUUGGUUUGUUCUCAUCCUCCCUCCCUUCCUCAUGCAUAGCUCUCCGAUAGCAUUGUGAAUUCCUGAAAUGUGGUUCCUCAGCACGUUUUUAGGCAGCCUAAACCCCUUCAAGGUGUAGGCUAACUAGAUCAUCUUUACAUCUGUUAAUCUUGCAAAAAUUGCUUAGGUAAGUGUGGAGGAGAUUUUGUGCUUUCAGAGGGCACAGAGUUGGCACCUCUUUGUCUCCGUAACUUCGAAGAUAAAUAGGUAGAGCUUGGCCUCAUCUUUCAUUUAUGGAUUUCAUUGGAAAAUUUAUGUGCUUUCCUUAGGUAUAGAUCACUGAGGCAGAAUGAAGCCGUCUUUUUCUGUUUUAUUGCAGUUCUUGAGUAGGCAAAUUCGUAAGUAGCAUCAGGGCAGACUCAGGAAAAAAAGGAAUUGGAUCAGCUACCAUUGCACCAUUCUAGUUUUUUACUUAACGUGUGUAUGAAUGUUUUGGUACUAAGGAGUGAAAGGACGGGAGGAGAGCUUUUCUUUCUAUUUUUGCACAGCAGAAUGAUCGAGCAAACUAUAGCCUUAGUGGAAUUUUACCUUCUUAUUCAUACUACAGUCACACACCAAGCUGACAAGCAACAUCCACGAUUUAUAGUAAGGAGAUUUUAAUAAUCGAUGGCCUCUUUAUGUUGGGAUUGCCACCACCAUUUGUUCUGGCUGUUUCAUUUUAAAAAGAACAGGCUCAAACUGUUGGACAGCCGCAAUUUUAAAAGAAUUAUUGCUUACUAUAGCAUCUUAAAAAAAAAGUCAUUGUUUCAAGCACUGCCUUUUUAAAGCAAUAGGAAAGAAUAAAAAUAGUACUAAAAUAUCCAUGUCCUGAUUGUUGGUCCAUGUGAUGCAGGAUCAAAGUAACACCACUAAAAUUGUACGUCUGUACCAUCUGAUGUAGAAUAAUCUGGCCUUAAUUCUGUCUGUCAGUGUCAGGUAGCUGCUGGUCUCAUCAUGCAUCAAUAUCCAAUAUGAAGGUUAAACAGAUAAACCACUUAUGAACAACGGGAGAUUGCCAGAUUCUCCUUGUCUGUAGCUUCCAGGUAUAUAUCAGUUUGCUGCUCUCCCCCAGCAUCCUCUCACCAGAGGAAAUAACAAAUGACUUAACUAGGCAAUUAGUUGUCCUAAAAAAAAAAAAAAAUUUAAAGAUUUCCAUGGCAUGUUUCAUUUUUUUCACGUUGGUUUGCACCUGUCUACAAAAGGUACGAGGAAAGAGUGAGACAUCAGGAUGCUCACGGCAGCCUAUUUCCUUUAGGAAAUGAUGGACAAUUUGGAAAAUUGAUGGAAAAUUCAGAAUCAGAAAUUUCUGAUGGAAAAUUCAGAAUGGACAAUUUGCAGUUGACUAAAUAUUUUCUGGUUUGACAUGAAUUAGCCUAAAUGGAACAGAUGCUGGUGCGAUGAUUUCAGAAGAACUGCACCUUGAUUAGAUCUAGAGUAAUUGGGAGAACUGGUGGAGUAGACUUUGUUCUAGGUUUUCUGCUGUAGUAUGGGAAGUUGUCUUUGUCUUUCUGGAUCUGGAUUUUCUUGAUAACUGAGCCUGUUUAGUUUUUUUGUCUGUUUUGUAGCAUUGCAAUUCACUGGCAGUUUGUUGUAGCCAACCAGGAGUUACUGCAGUUCAUUCUCACGUGGAUUCCCUUGUAAUGGAUCUGGUGGCAGGCUGGAUCUACCUUUUUGUUCUGUGAAUAGAGAAGAAAUCUUUCAAUAUGCUUCUUUUCUGUGAUGGGCACAGAUUGCUUUUAACUUUGUAGGGUAAACUUUGGCUGUUAUUUUGUGGCCGAUAAAGUCCUUAUACUUGAGUUGUUGUCUCUAACAGUCUUCUUAACACAACAAUUUCUACCUCUACUUCUUUUUUUGGUUUUGUUUCGAAUUCUCCAUGUCUUUUUCCUGAAGUAUGAGAUCCCAGAUACUUACAAAAGCAGUAUGAGUUGGAAAAAAAUAACAUACAAAAACAUACAAAAAAAUAGGAGCAAACAGACAUAUUAUCCAUUGAUGUCCUAGAGUUGUAGAGCCAUCUAAUACACUAUAAGCAUAGAUACUGGUCCAGCAUGAUCCCAUUACUCAUACGUUGGACGUGAACAAGUUGGUCAUGAGUUAGCAGCGUGCCCUUGCAGCAAUUAAGGAAUCUCAUUAGGAAGAGCUGUCAGCAGGUCAAGGAAAGUGAUUAGACCCCUCUGUUCAUCAUUUGGGAGAGCACAUCUGGAGUAUCGUGUCCAGUUUUGGACAGGAGUGAGUCCAUCGUAGGGCUGCUGAGAUGUGAGGGCCAGAGCGCAUGUCACAUAAUGAGUGUUGAGAGAGCUGUUUUUUUUUUUCAGGCUGUUCUGGGGAGAUCUUAUUUUGCUUUUGAACUGUCUUAAUGGGUAGUUUUAGAGACAACAGAGCCAGGCUCUUCUCAGAGGUGCGUAGUGAAAAUAUUAGGGGCAGUGGGCUCAAAUUUCCAUCAGGAGAAUCCCAGAUGAGUAUAAAGAGAAAUAUUUUCACACUGAGAGUGCUAGAACAAUGGCCCAGAAACGCAGUGGAAACCACGUCCUUGGGGAUAUUCAAAACUCAACUGGACAAGACUGGGGAUUGGAUUAGAGACCUCCAGGUCUCUUCUGCCCUAAUUUAUUCUAUGGCUCUGUGUAAGCCUGCUCAGGUCAAGGAGUUUGAUCCAUAUGUGUUCACUUGUUUAAUGAAAUUCUGUUAGCUUGUUUGUUUUUUUUUUUAAUUCUUAUUUUUUAUUGUGCCUAUUCAUAAAAAGUUAUCUUAUGUAUUCUCCUAAUAGAGAUGAGCUUUAUUUGCAGGGUCUGGCUACAGGUUCUAAUCAAGCCAUAAAUCAAGUAAUAAAUGUCAUUAAUUAUUUGCUCUGUUUACACAGUUCUUCAGGGAUAUUUUAAUGAUUUUGUUUGUUUCAUUGGCUUACAUCAAACUGGUAAGUUCUCCAUGUUUUCGUAACACUUGCGCUGCAGAUUCCUUUUUGCCUUUGAGAGGAUUUUUCAUUGUCUUGCUGCUGUGAGUGUAGACUUGAAAAUUUUCACAUAGCUGAACAUAUUAGAGGAAAAAAAAUAUUUAACUUAAGCCCACUGGUGACUACUAUGAUAAGCUAGAAAUUUUUGGUUCAGUAGAUCUUUAAAGAAGAUCUGGUCUGGUAUGUUAGAUCAUCUAUACUUAGAGCCUUAUGUUAUUUCCUUAAGUGUUUGCUGUUGGCCACUGCUAGGAAAAAAAAAAGAAAAAAACAGAACAACAAAAAUAUACUCUACUAGACAGAUUUUAGGUCUGAUUUAGAUGCUAUUUUGAAAAGAACUCAUGAUGGUGUUUGCCAAUACGGAACAGCACAGAAUCAUUAUCCCAAGCAUGACUCCUGCCUUUAAUGUGCAGAGGAACAUGGAGAUGAGUUCAAGAUUUUCAGUUCCCCUACGUGGUGUAAUGGUUUUCCUUCACAAUGAGUUGCUGCUUGCAAAGAAGUAAAAUGAAAGCAUCAUACUGGCCUUUCACCUGGGUCAUUGAGUCAUGCAGAGAUGCAUGGCAGUUGUAACAGGAUUUCAUAAGGAGAAGGUUCUUUAUUUUUUACGUAGAUAAAACCAGCAAAAUUGGUAAGAGUUUUCAAAACUCAAAAAUGCUGCCCCUAAUGCAUUUAAUACAGGAUUUUGUUUCACUGUGUGUAAUUUCAACACUGUUGCAAAUCUGGAUUCACACAUUUCUCUGUAAAUUACUAAGAUUCAGAGAUAGAUUUUGCCCAAAGUACUGUGGGCAAACUGUGGAUGUUUUUUUUUGUUUGGUUGGUUUUUUCCUUUCUUUUCUUUUGGAUAUAUAUAUACUUUUCCCCCAUUUAUCCCUGGAAUUCUCCUUAUUUCAGAUAAUAAUUUUCUUACCAUAAGGUUUCUGUUCCUCUUCCUACCCCAGCCACAUCACUGUGUAGCCCUCAUUCCCCAGGGUUCAUCAGCUUUUUUCAAGUUCGUUGGAUAAUUACCAGCAAAUUCUACUUUUUUAUGUCAAAAUAAACUUUGCUUCUAUUUUAGACAGGGCUUCCCACCCAAGUAGCUCUUGCACUCUUUGAAGUUACUUGACUUGGUAAUAUUCUUUUGAGCGAAAUCUUAAGCUUGUAGGCAAUAAUCUUGAGUUUAGUGUAGCAUUUGUUUUUUGGCAGGAAUUUUUGUUGGCAAGAUUGGUCUUGAAAAAAUGUGCUCUGUGUCAUUGACCUAACAUAUGCCUCUUCUUAUUAGACAGCUGUAGAUUGUGCGUGUGUGAAUUAAUGCCUCUUAGUAGGAGUAUUCGGGUUUGUAUCACGAUACUGGCUAAUUGAAUGGAAGUUCAUGGAGUCAGGCAUUUUCACUGUGACUUCUUGGAAGGGAAGGUUGAUGACCUGGCCAAAAGUACCUUGCAGUUUCUAAGGAGAAGAGUUGCAGAGACAUUUCAAAAUAAAACUUUCCCCCUUGGGCCUUUUUGCAGCUAGGAUUUUUUCUCAGGACCUUCCUUGAGUUGGUUACUGGCCAAUGGGCAUUUGGCAAGCUGAAAAGCAUAGCCCCAAACCCUUCGUUUUAGUUUCUGCGAGUGUCUUCUAAUUUAUAGGCUUUGAACUGUCCAAUUAAAGAUAUUGCACAUUAAUGACACGAGGCAUUCUAGAGAUGGCAGCUAUAAAUUCAAAUUUAAAAUACACAAAAAAUUAUUUUUCUCCUUUGGGUGAAAUGUGUUAUAACUGCAAAAGUGGACGUGGUCAUUCUGAGGGCUGUCGGUAAGCCGACAGCAUUUUGAUACUGGUUUUUGUCCAGCAAAUACAAAGAAAAUGAAAUAAAUGCAAGUAUUCUCAGUGGCACCAG